AUGUCUUGCCCAUGCCCCUCACUCUCAGACCCCCCCCCAGAGGGUCAGAAGGUAGUUGGAUUCUUCGGUAACCCCAUGAUCCUCAUGGCCAGUUUCAGCGUCAUGAUGAAGCAGCCACACCAAGCAUACUCCAUGGAAGACUCUUCCUCCCACGACUCUUUCCUGAACCAACCUGAGGUCAUCCCUCACAACAGCGAAAAGACCCCAGUCGACUCUGCAUGUCCUACCACUUUUGGUAACCAAUGGGCGCAGCAACAACCAGCUGGACCAGGAAGCGCUGCUCCUAUUCAAAACAAGAAGCAAAAGUAA